AUGGAGAACGGCACCGAGGGCAAGAACUUCUACAUUCCCAUGAACAACAGGACUGGGCUUGUGAGGAGUCCUUUUGAAUAUCCACAGUACUACCUGGCAGAUCCAUGGCUAUUCAAACUAAUGGCAGCCUACAUGUUUUUCCUGAUCUGCACUGGUUUUCCCAUCAACGCCCUGACGCUGGUGGUCACAGCUCAGAACAAGAAGCUCCGGCAACCUCUUAACUUUAUCCUGGUCAACCUGGCUGUGGCUGGAUUGGUUAUGGUCAUCUUUGGAUUCACAGUCACUUUUUAUACUUCCUUGAUGGGCUACUUUUCUUUGGGGCCAAUGACCUGUGCUAUUGAAGGCUUCUUUGCUACAGUUGGAGGUCAAGUCUCUCUGUGGUCACUGGUAGUGCUGGCUGUUGAGAGAUACAUUGUGGUCUGCAAGCCCAUGGGAAGUUUCAAGUUCACUGCAACUCAUGCUGGAAUUGGAGUUGGUUUUACCUGGAUCAUGGCUUUGGCUUGUGCUGCUCCUCCACUUGUUGGCUGGUCCAGGUAUAUUCCUGAAGGUUUGCAGUGCUCAUGUGGACCUGACUACUACACCCUGGCUCCAGGCUACAACAAUGAGUCAUAUGUCCUUUACUUGUUCAGCUGCUACUUCUGUGUUCCAGUCUUUACCAUUUUCUUCACCUAUGGGAAUCUAGUGUGCACAGUGAAAGCGGCUGCAGCUCAGCAGCAGGACUCAGCAUCCACCCAGAAGGCUGAGAAGGAAGUGACACGCAUGUGCAUCCUGAUGGUCUUUGGUUUCUUGCUGGCCUGGGUGCCAUAUGCCAGCUUUGCUGCAUGGAUCUUCUUCAACAGGGGAGCCGCAUUCUCAGCCACAGCCAUGGCUAUUCCUGCCUUCUUCUCAAAGAGUUCAGCCUUGUUCAAUCCUAUUAUCUAUGUGCUGAUGAACAAACAGUUCCGUAACUGCAUGCUGAGUACUGUUGGAAUGGGUGGCAUGGUGGAGGAUGAGACCUCAGUAUCAGCCAGCAAGACAGAAGUGUCCUCUGUUUCUCAAGCCUAGAAGACUCACAACAACUCUGAUGGAUUUUUCACAUGGACAUUUAACAACAUUUCAACACACAGACUGUUUAAUGGCUUGGAAACUCGUAAUAGGAUCCCAAGGAAUUGCUAUCAGUUUACGACAGGCUGCUUCAGGUAUUCCCUCAGGUACAGUACAGUAGGAUUUGACGCUGAGAAUGUUAUUAUUCUGAUACAGUAUGUGAACCAGGCAACACAUGUAAGGCACCAUAAUGGUAAUGUCUUUUUUAGUGUGCCUGGUGUGGAGUGGACAAGGACUCUUUCUUGAUCGUGUCACACAAAGGAGAGCAAUAUACACGGUACUGUCAAAACAAAGGAAACACCUUUGUAAAUCCAACGUCAGUGAGAGGCUCUUACCUGUUCUAUAUGGAACAACUUGAACAAUGCAAUAAAAUAGAUAAAUAAAUAAAUAACACACACACACACACACACACACACACACGCACACACACACACACACACACACACAUCAUCAUCAUCAUCGUCGUCAUCAUCAUCAUCAUCAUCACAGAGCCACUAUCAUUAAAGGAAGCCUUUAUUCUGGUGUUUCCUAUGUUCUGAUGAUACAUGUAUAUUCAUAGCAAGCUUGUAUGUUAUACGACUACAAUACAAUAUGAUGAUAAUUUUAAAAUUCUCAGGUUUCUGUUCUGUGAUAUUGAAAUUUUAUUUUUUUUGUGGGCCGGCAUUUGUUUUGCUGGCCAGUUUCAUGUCAUCAUUGUAUAUAUUUUAUAAAUGCUUCUAAAAUUGUAAAUGUAGUUCAAUAAAUGCAUGCAUCCAAA